CCGGCUCACGUGGAGCCGGCCGCCCGGGCUGUGGCCGGGGAGACAGACGCGAUGAAGCCCAGACCCGGGAGGUUCGUUGAUAACAAGCUGAAGCAGCGAGUCAUCCAGUACCUCACCAGUAACAGAUGUGGCAAAUAUGUGGACACUGGAGUCUUAGCAUCUGAUUUACAAAGAAUGUAUAGUAUAGACUAUGGUCGAAGGAAAAGAAAUGCUUUCAGGAUUCAGGUAGAAAAAGUAUUUAGCAUAAUUAGUAGUGAGAAAGAACUUAAGGAUAUAAGAGAAUUGGAAGAUGAACAUCUGGCAAAAAGAGCAAGACAAGGUGAAGAUGAGAAUGAGUAUACUGAAAGCUAUUCUGAUGAUGAUUCAAAUGUGGAAGAUUACCCAGAUGCACAGUCCGCAAAUCAUAUGAACAGUUCCCUGCUCUCCUUAUAUCGGAAAGGAAAUCCUGAUUCUGUUUCAAGUACUCCUGAGAUGGAGCAAAGAGAAACCACUGUCUCAACACCACGGAUAACUUCCAAAGCAGGCUCCAUUCCUUCAAAGACCCCUGCCAGAGGUUCUGACGGAGGAUGGUUUAUUGACAAAACGCCAGGUGGAAAGAAAGAAAGUUUUUUCCUGGACCUAUCAGAUGAAAAAAGUAAUCGUAAGAAGCUAAUAUCUGAGGUAGAGGAUUCGAAAGAUUCUUCUCUUCUGGAGAGUAAUGAACAAAGGAAAGGUAGGCUAAAGAGCAAAGGAAGCAAAAGGAAGAAAGAAGAUCUCCAGGAAGCAGAUGGAGAAAUAGAAGCUGUCCUGGAAAAGAGAGCUAAAGCCAGGGGGCUAGAGCUGCAGAUCUCCAGUGUAAAGUUCGAAGAUGUUGGAGGCAAUGAUACGACAUUAAAAGAAGUCUGCAAGAUGCUCAUACACAUGCGUCACCCGGAGGUGUACCACCACCUGGGCGUCAUUCCCCCUCGUGGAGUCCUCCUUCAUGGACCGCCAGGCUGUGGGAAGACAUUGCUGGCACAUGCAAUUGCUGGGGAACUUGACCUUCCGAUUCUGAAAGUAGCUGCUACAGAAGUUGUGUCUGGAGUAUCUGGAGAAUCUGAACAGAAGCUGAGGGAACUGUUCGAACAAGCUGUGUCAAAUGCACCCUGUAUCCUUUUUAUUGAUGAAAUUGAUGCUAUUACCCCCAAAAGAGAAGUUGCUUCCAAAGAUAUGGAACGAAGGAUUGUGGCCCAGCUCCUAACCUGCAUGGAUGAUCUGAAUAACGUGGCGGCUACAGCUCGGGUCCUAGUCAUUGGAGCUACUAACCGGCCAGAUUCCUUAGACCCUGCUUUGAGACGUGCUGGAAGGUUCGACCGAGAAAUAUGCCUGGGCAUCCCAGAUGAAGCAUCCAGGGAAAGAAUACUUCAGACUUUGUGCAGAAAACUACGACUUCCCGACACUUUUCAUUUUCGCCACUUAGCACACCUGACGCCGGGCUUUGUCGGCGCUGAUCUGAUGGCGCUCUGCCGAGAGGCAGCCAUGUGUGCAGUCCACAGGGUCUUAAUGAAGCUCCAGGAGCAGCAGAAGAAAGAUCCCGAGACUGAAGGUUUGCCAUCUGAAGGAGGCCGGGAAGAGAGGGCUGGAACUGAGCCCACUUCCGAAACACAGGAUGAAUUGCAAAGGCUACUGGGGUUGCUAAGAAACCAAGAUCCCCUCUCAGAGGAGCAGCUGCAAGGGCUGUGCAUUGAACUGAAUGAUUUCAUUGUUGCUCUAUCCUCUGUGCAACCCUCUGCAAAAAGGGAAGGCUUUGUCACUGUGCCUAAUGUGACGUGGGCAGAUAUUGGUGCCCUGGAGGAUAUUAGAGAGGAGCUCACCAUGGCAAUAUUGGCGCCAGUACGUAACCCAGAUCAGUUCAAAGCUCUUGGAUUGGUGACUCCAGCUGGAGUCCUCCUUGCUGGUCCUCCUGGCUGUGGGAAAACUCUGCUGGCAAAGGCUGUUGCAAAUGAGUCUGGACUAAAUUUUAUAUCAGUCAAGGGCCCUGAAUUACUAAAUAUGUACGUUGGUGAGAGUGAGCGUGCGGUGCGACAGGUGUUUCAGCGAGCCAAGAACUCAGCGCCCUGUGUGAUCUUCUUUGAUGAAGUGGACGCCUUAUGCCCCCGAAGAUCAGACCGAGAGACGGGGGCAAGUGUCCGGGUGGUGAAUCAGCUGCUUACAGAGAUGGAUGGUCUAGAAACACGUCAGCAGGUUUUUAUUAUGGCAGCCACUAACAGGCCAGAUAUCAUUGACCCUGCAAUCCUGCGCCCAGGCCGGCUGGAUAAGACACUCUUUGUGGGUCUGCCGCCCCCAGCAGAUCGUCUCGCCAUCUUAAAAACGAUCACAAAAAAUGGCACCAAACCCCCACUGGACACAGAUGUAAAUUUGGAACAAAUUGCUCGUGACUUCCGCUGUGAUCGCUAUUCGGGCGCGGAUCUCUCUGCCUUGGUGCGGGAAGCUUCUCUGUGUGCCCUGAGGCAGGAAAUGGCAAGACAGAGGGGUGGAAGUGAAAAAGGUGAGCUCAAGAUCAGUCAGAAGCACUUUGAAGAAGCUUUUGAGAAAGUAAAAUCAUCUAUAUCAAGAAAGGAUCAGGCGAUGUAUGAAGCUGUGCAGCGCUCCCUCAGCCGCUGAGUUGUGCAGCAGCCGCCGCGGAGGAGCCCGGCGUGGAGCCGUCGCAGAGGCCCCGGCGCUCCGGGCGGCCCGCCCUCGGCUGGACGUGGCCGUGGGCUCCUGCACCCACUCUCAAGCGAACGAGGCCGGGUUGGAGCCGAAGAAUCUUCUCCUCUGGCCAAGCUUCUGUGGAAACACCCCACCUCCUCUUUAAGAAAAAGAAAAAUUUUUUAACUGCAAAAUAAAAUAAAUGAUACUUUUUAAAAAUAAAAUGGUGGUUUUGAAACAAUCUCAACUGUACUGUGGAAAAGUUGCAAUUACAAUAAAAAAGAACGUUUUUU